CAAGCCCGUCACAUCCGCUGGGAAGUUGCUCGGCGAGUGUCUGGAAAAGAAGACGGCGCGCCCCGCAGUGGUAACCGAAGUCCUGAGACGCUUUGAGCUGCGGGAAGAAACUUUCUUUCUCGGGGCGGUCAAGGGAGCUCUUCGCAGGAUGGACAGGCGGGAAGGAGCACCAUGAAGCUAGGCUGCCCAGGCGCCUUCCUCGCCUCUCACCGUCGCGGCCGCUUUGAGAAGCAGCGCAGGGGCAGGCAGCGGCUCUCUCCUCUCUAACUGCCUCGGUUUGCGGCGACCGGGGGAAUGUUGCGGACGGCUGCCUGUGUCGUGCUGCUGCUCCUGCUAGCAGUGGCGGAGCGAGGUCGGGCUCGCUUCGCCUUCCGCCUCCAAGCGUCUUCUCCGGCGAUCCCCGAGAGGACCCUGGUUCCCACGCCCGUAUUGCUAAAGUCGCGGAGCAGCGGCAGAAACGACAGCGAGACGGCGCUCCCAGAAACCUCGGGCUUGGCCUUAGCGUCGGAUCCCGGCGGCUCCCUCAACUUUCUGGCCAUGGUGGACAACCUGCAGGGAGACUCGGGACGCGGCUACUAUUUCGAGCUGCUCCUCGGCACCCCGCCGCAGAAGCUAAAUAUUCUAGUUGACACGGGAAGCAGCAAUUUUGCAGUUUCAGGUGCACCAAAUACAGAUCUGACCUCAUACUUCGACAGAGAAAAAUCCAGCACAUAUAAAUCAAUGAAUGUUGAGGUUACUGUUAAAUAUACCCAAGGAAGUUGGAUUGGAAUUCUUGGAACAGAUGUCAUUAGAAUGCCUAAAGGAAUAAAUGGCACUUAUAUCAUCAACAUUGCCACCAUUUUUCAAUCUGAAAAUUUCUUUUUAAAAGGCAUUCAGUGGCAAGGGAUCCUUGGUUUGGCAUACAGUACAUUGGCUAAGCCUUCAAGUUCUGUGGAGACUUUUUUUGAUUCUAUUGUGAAUCAAGCCAAGAUCCCCAAUGUUUUUUCCCUGCAGAUGUGUGGACCUGGUUUGCCUGUUUCUGGAACUGGUACUAAUGGAGGUAGUCUUGUAUUGGGUGGGAUUGAACCAAGCCUAUACAAGGGAAAAAUUUGGUAUACACCUAUUAAAAAAGAGUGGUAUUAUCAAGUUGAAAUACUGAAAUUUGAAGUUGGGGGCCAGAACCUUAACUUGGACUGCAAAGAGUACAAUUCAGACAAAGCAAUUGUGGACAGUGGAACAACUCUCUUGCGGCUGCCAGAAAAAGUCUUUAGUGCUGUUGUGGGAGCCAUUACACAGACUUCUUUGAUCCAAGAAUUCACAUCUGGAUUUUGGAGUGGCACACAGCUUGCCUGCUGGGAUAAAAGUGAAAAUCCUUGGACCCUCUUUCCUAAGAUCUCUAUCUAUCUGAGAGAUGUUAAUUCCAGCCAGUCCUUUCGAAUCACUAUCCUUCCACAGCUUUACAUUCAGCCGAUUCUAGUGAUUGGGCAGAAUCUAGACUGCUAUCGGUUUGGUAUCUCCUCUUCCUCCAGUGCCUUGGUUAUUGGGGCUACAGUGAUGGAAGGAUUCUAUGUCAUCUUUGAUAGAGCCCAAAAGAGAGUGGGAUUUGCAUUAAGUACUUGUGCUGAACUGCAUGGUUCUCCAGUAUCUGAGAUUGAAGGCCCUUUCAUUACCACAGAUGUAGCAGGCACUUGCGUAUCAACUAUCUCUCUCCAUGAACCAAUCUUGUGGAUUGUGUCGUACACUCUUAUGAGUUUCUGUGGACUUGUACUUCUCAUACUCAUCAUCUUGCUGCUCAUUCCAUCACGGUGUCGUCAUCGUUAUGCUGACUGCGACAUUGUAAACGAUGAAUCGUCCUUAGUACGGCACAGAUGGAAAUGAAGAAUUUGAUCCACUUGUGAAGAAUCCUUAUGUAUUCUGAUAGGAAAUGAAGAAUGACUCUCCAUUUUCUUCACCCUGAUGUUCUUAAGAUGUGUGAAGACUACAGCCUGUGCUUCUAAAUCAGCAUGGUUAUAUCAGCUGGGAAUUACAGGAGAUGUAGUUGAACAUACUUGCAGGGCACAAGGUUAGGGUAUAUUAGCCAAAGAUGAAGAUCCAGACUUCACUCUGUAAAAAUACUGUGGUCUAUCACCAAAUCACCUCCAAGUCUCCUUUAACAUAAAUUUAAUACUUCAACAAUUAAUUAUUUAGUUAUAUUAAUAUAUAGCCAUUUCAAAUGCUACUCUAUUGUUUGCUUGAUAUACAGUUGCACCAAUUAGUACACUUUUUUAAAAAAGCU